AUGGCAACAUCAUUUACUCUCAAACUCUCAUUUUUCCUCCUAUGUUGUUGUUGUAUAAUUGUUGGCAUCAAAUCUCAAGCUGACAUUAAUUUACAAUCAAACAUUCCAAUUGUGGAAAAUCUAGAAACUCCAACUAGAAUAAUUGGAAGUGAAAAUGUUAAACUUUCUGGUAAAAUUAUGCGUAAUUUAAUAACCAAUUCAAUCAUGGAUCAUUUUCAAAAUGUAAUGUUUUCUCCGAUUUCACUUGGUUAUUCAUUGUCUGUUAUUUUGGAAGCAUGUGAAAAAGAUGAUCCAAAGAGAGGAGAAUUGACUACCUUGUUGAGCAAGUUUAAUUUGGGUGAAUUGAAGAAUUCAAUGCAAUCAAUUGUUGAAUUUUCACAUGAAACUGACAUGUUAAAUGAUGAAAAGGCACGUUUGAUUUUGACUCCUGCAUUGUUUGCCUCUGAGGAAUUCCUUGCCAAGACUGGUUUUAAGAAGGAUAAUCUCUAUAUGAAGAAUCUUCUUAUUCAAUCAUGUAAUUUUACAACUGAUGAAGCUGCUAAUGAGAGUAGAAAGAUGAUGAAUAGAAUUAUUUCUGAAAAGAAUAAUGAAACAACAACUGCAUUUAUUGGAACUGGUUUUAUUACUAAUGCUACUCAAGCUAUCUAUGCUGAUACUGGUUUAUUUGUUGGAAAAUGGGAAAAGCCAUUCGAUUUGAAUGAUACUUCUAUUGAAUUGUUCAGAGUAAUUUCCUCUGCUGAUGAAGAUGUUGUGGAAUAUAUUGAAAUUGAAAUGAUGAAUCAACACAAUUCAUCAUUUGAACAUGGAGAACAAAAGAACUUCCAAUGGAUCAAGUUGAAAUAUAAGGAUGCUCCAUAUUCUAUGCUUUUCAUUGUUCCAAAGGAUGCUCUCAGUCUUUAUGGUGAUUCUGAAGAAAGAUUUAAUAGAUUUGUUAAUCGUCAAUUGGAUUCUGGAUGUAUUUCAUGCUCAUUCCCAACUAAGGAAAAGUUUUUCAAGAAGAUUUCAAUUCCAAAAUUCAGAGUUGAAUCCAAGUCCAAGAUUUCUGGAUUAUUGAGAGCCAAGACAUUUUCUGCACCUUCCUUGUUCCCAAAGGUUGAACCAAAGAAGAAGAAGGUCAACUCUACUCAAACCAAUGAAACUGCUCCUGUUGAAGUACCACCAACUCAAACUGAAACAACAGUCCCUGAAUUCUGGAGAUUAAACGAGUUUUUCCACAAGACUGUUAUUGAAUUCAGUGAAUUAGGAACUGUUGAAGGUGAAAUCACACCAGAAAAUGCCAAACUUGUUGAAGAAAGAGAACAAGAUGAUUCUAAUUUUGUUUUGGAUAGACCAUUUGCUUUUAUUUUGCACCACGAACCAACCAAUUCAGCAGUUCUUGUUGGUAAGAUUGCUGUUUUGUAA